AUGGGACCUAUCCAGCACAAGGCCCUAAUCAACGUUGAUCUGGGAGAGGGUUUUGGAAAUUGGACAAUCACUUCGGAUGAAGACUUGCUUCCAUUCAUUGACCAUGCCAAUAUUGCUUGUGGUUUCCAUGCUUCUGACCCCCUUAUCAUGAUGGAGGCCGUUCGCAGCUGCAAAGAACACGGCGUGAAAAUUGGAGCACACCCCGGUGUGCCAGAUCUCCAGGGCUUUGGGCGUUAUGAAAUGAAACUUUCACAGGACGAACUUACUGCAAUCACUAUUUACCAGAUUGGUGCACUCAAGGGGUUCUUAGACCGGGAGGAAGUCCUCCUUCAUCACGUCAAGCCCCACGGAUCGCUCUAUGAAAUGUGCUGCAGAGACUAUGAGACUUCGAUGGCCGUUUUUAAGGCUAUCCCCAAGGGUGUCAAAUUCGUCGCGGAGUUUUAUGCGGAUGUCAAGUACAAUGCGGAUGCUUCUCUCUUGGUCGAGCGCAAAAAGAAGUGA